GAGAGUGUGUGUGGGUGCAUGUGGGAGGUAGGAAGCUGUGGGGCUGGCGGAGAGCGCUGCCGCCGCUGCGAGCGUCACACUGCUGAAUGGGAAUCUAUCCGGCAACUCCAGCAGACCGCUGUCUCAUACGCGCGCCCUGCGUAAAACCAAGCGGCGCGUCUCCAAGUCUGGCUCGGGCCGACCCACAGGCGGCGAGUAGGAGCUCGGAUCGGACGGACAGUUUUUCCUCCGCACUUGUUCCCGACUCAACAACAACAACAUGCCUGCCAUCAAGAAGGAGCGUCUGGACGGGGACGACAUGGCUUUGGCCGCCUUCAACCAGUCCGAAUACCUGGCCCCUUUAAAUGCCACCGCUAUCCCCGUGGUGACACCGCACCCGCCGCCUUACGAGCACAUUUUGGCCCACCAUCGUGCGUACUUGGGGCUUCACGACUCGGCGCUGCAUCACCAGCACCUCCAGCACCCCACAGACGACUUGAUGCUGGAGAGGUUCUCCUCCAUACCGGACUUCCAGCCUUUCUUUGACAACGGGGAGCCCUGUAUCGAAGUGGAAUGCGGGGAAAACAAGGCUUUGCUUUAUAUUAACAAACUAUGCCAAGGCAGUAAAGGACCCUCGAUUAAAUACAGGGGCGAGUGGCUCACUCCCAACGAGUUCCAAUUUGUUAGUGGCAGGGAGACCGCCAAAGACUGGAAACGGAGUAUUAGACACAAAGGGAAAAGUCUUAAGACGCUCAUGUCCAAAGGAAUCUUACAGGUGCAUCCUCCGAUCUGCGACUGUCCUGGUUGUCGAAUCUCAUCUCCAGUGAACCGUGGUCGCCUGGCCGAGAAGCGCACCAUCCCGCUGCCUCCCAACCGAGUGCCCAAGAAGGAGCUGGCCUCCAUCUUCAGCAGUGAUGACAGUGAAGGUAGUGAGCGUGCCAGUGGGGAUCAUAGCCACAUCAAGCAGGAGGAUGAGCUGCAUUACAGUAUAGUCAGAAAGAGUCGUGACAGUGACCUCUCUACAAUCAUCUCCAACCUGCACCACAGCAGACAACCUGGCAUGCCUGAGGGUCAGUCAGCUUCCGACCACAACCACAGUACAGGACACACAGAUGACCUUUUAGGCAAGAGGAGAAGCUUCUCUCCCAACAGCAGCAGCGACUCUCCCACUGACAGCAAGAAGUCCCGUAGCGUAUCGCCCAAAGAGACCUCCCAGAGCCCAGAGGCGGAGGCAGGUGGCAGCCACAGUCACAUGAGCCCCGAGGAGCAUUACAGGCGCAUGAUGUCAGCACUCAGCGAGCAUGGAUCCUACGAGGAGCAGCAGCAGCGCCUCUACCAGCUAGCCAGCAGCAUGGGACUGCCCGGCCAUGACAUGCUGCGUGCUCGGCAAGAAGCGUUGGCUGCAGCGGUGAGGAAUCCAGCGGCCAUAGAAGCUCACCUGCCCACGGGAGGCAGCUCCUCAUCAUCCAGCCAGAGACGUAAGCAGGGCCUACCGCAGCACCGGGACGCACAUUACACUGACAGGGAACUGUCCCAACCUCCACCCCUGCUAUCACCUCCAACUGCCCCUCACAUCGCCUUAGGACCUCACCUGCGGCCUCCUUUCCUGGGCCUGCCCUCAGCUCUCUGUCAGGCCCCUGGUUAUGGUUUCCUCCAACCAGCUCAAGCUGAAAUCUUCGUGCGACAACAAGAAAUGCUAAGGAAGCAGAAUCUGGCGAGACUGGAGAUGUCGGCCGAGCUACUGAGACAGAAAGAGUUGGAGAGUCUCCACCAGCGACAGCAGCAACAACUCUUGAGCUCCGACCCUCUGGCCGCUCUAUCUGCCGGUCUACCUGCGGACCACCCGGCCCUGAGGAGCCUUCACGACAUCCCUGAGGGCCACCCGCUCCGAGAGGAACUGGCCCGUCGCUCGAAUGCCAUGCUGGUGCUUCGUCACGGGACGGCUGCGCCCCUCCUGAGCCUCAACCAGCAGCAUCAGCAAGCGAGGACAUCGUCCACCCACAAAGACACCCAAGCACAGAGCUCCACGACCAGUUCAGACACUGAGUCCAGAAAGGCCCUCCGUCGGGGCCCUCACACCGAGCUCAGCACUGGGGAUCACAAAAGAAAACGAGAGGACAGAGGAAGUGAGGGAGACAGGGAAGACGAGGAUGACAUGAAGGAGUCGGACAGUGAAACAGAAAUGUGUGAUGAGAGGCAGGAGAGUGCUGGUGCCAAGUCCAGGAGGAAACACAGACACAGGAGGAGAGACGGAGGAAGCAAAGAGAGAGACGGCAAGCGAGAGUGUGACGGCGCCAAGGAGACCCGAGAUCACUCAGGCCGGCUGAGUGCACCUUGUAGCUCUGCUGGCACCGACUCACCCAGUCGCCACCUCUUCACGUCUGGACUGGGGAAGUCUGAUGUCAAGUUCCAGCUUCCACCUGGAUUCAUGCCGCCUCUGCCUGCUCUUCAAGGACAGUCGUUGCCCUUUGGAUUCCCCUACAUCAACCCUUACUUCCACAUGGGCUCUAUGGGUGGUCUUUUCAUGGACGGAGAGGACGCAGCCCCGGCAAUUCCUGUGGAGGACAUCAGCAAGUGGAGCGUGGAGGACGUGUGCGGCUUCAUAAGCAGCCUGGCCGGAUGUGCUGAAUACGCGCAGGUGUUCCAGGAUCAGUCUAUUGAUGGAGAGACAUUACCGCUUCUUACUGAGGAGCACCUGCUCGCCACCAUGGGACUAAAGUUGGGCCCUGCCCUCAAGAUCCACUCGCAGGUGGCCCGGCGCAUUGGCAGGCUUUUCUACAUGACUGGAUUCCCACUGGCGUUCCCGUUGCAGCCUUCUGCCACCUUGCGCCCCUCAGAGCGAGACGGAGAUCCUUCGACCGCGUCCGCCGACACCCCCUCCAUGCCGCUCUCUUUGCUCCAGAGACCCGCUUCCACGAGCAGUAGCUCGUCUCCGUACAGCGGGCCCACCCCGGGGAGCUCCUCUCCCAAGCAGGAGAACGGGAACGGCUCCACAGUGGUGGGAAGAUAAGUAGGACAGAAGGGCUCCAUGUUGGCCAGCUUGAUGCAGAGAGAAGAGAAGGGAGUCCCAUGCCUUUAAAACUGGAAUUUGUGGGUCAGGAAUUAGGAUGAAGGAUGACAGCCAAUCAGCUGGUGAGUUCCUGGAUGAUAACUGUAUCUGAGCAGAAUCCAAAGAAAGUGUGUUGGGAGACAGCUGCUCACAGACAGCAUGCCAAAAAGAGAGAGGCACAAACGUCACGUUCUUACAAGUCGGACAGUCCACGGAAAGUCGUCCUUCCAUCUUCCUUCCUUCCUUCCUUCCUGGAAUGCUUUUUCACCUUCUUUUCUCCGUUCUUCACACUGCAAGCCCUGCACAAUCCUGGAAUAAAAGACUCAUCUUCCUCCUCCUCCUUCAGCGUCAAUGAGUUGUCGUCUUGGAGGCUGGAGCGGCGCCACGCUUAACGAGCUCCGUCUUAUCACAGCAACUAUGCAUUCCACUGUCCUGAUACCAAAGAUUACCGGAUGUGUGGAAUUAGAACCAUGUUUCUGCUUCUGUUUGCAUGAAGGCUGUCAAGAGAGCAAAGAAGAAGAAGGGGAAUGAUGCUGUAAGCACUCUGUGUUACCAAGCAGUAUGAUUAGGGCCACCCUGACAAGAAUAAACCUAGAGUAUUAUCAGAAUAAAGUCAUAACAUUAUGAGGGAAAACUCUUCAUUUUAUGAGAAUUUAAUAAUAAUAUUAGGUGGAAAAAAGUUUAAAUAUUUCAGGAAAAAUUCGGAGAAAAAAUAACUUCUUGAUUUUAUUCAAAUUCAUGCGGGAUUUUAAGAAUAAAUGCAUUGAAAUAUUAAAAGAAUCAAGUCCCAAAUAUGCCUGAAAAGGUUGUGGUAUUAUGAGGAAAAUAUGAUGAUAUUGUUGGAAGAAAAUAGCAAACUAGAAAAGCACUCAGGAGAGCGCAGACGUCCGGCAAGCACCAUGAAUAUUAGUCCUACAUUUAUAUUAUCUGCAUAUUUAGAUUACUUGACCAUGAAAACAUACCAUUAGCAAUUGGAUUCAUAAUGAUAUCACUUUUAGUUGGCACACUCCAGAUUCCACAGGAGGGAUAAGCCAGAUACUCGUUUUAGACGAGUAUCCGUUACGGAUAAUGCAUUUUUUGACGAGUACGAGCAUGAAAUGAGUACAGCUGGUCAUCGUGAUGAAGGAAAAUCCUCAUUGGGUGACUACGUAUGUAUUCACUCUUCAUGCUCGGUGAUUGGCCAGGCACACACAGCGACCGCCCCUCCCGAGACAGAUUCGCUACAAACAGCCAGAGAGAGGAGCCACGCCUCUUUCUCUUUCACACACAGACACAACACAGGCAGUGACUCUCUGCUUGCUUGGCUCGACUCCAGCUCACGUUCUCUAUCUCACUCUAUUUCGGUUUGUAUGGUAUUUAAAAUCAGUUGGUAGACUUCUUUCGUUACAUAACGUACGCGGUGCAUUUGACAAGGCAGAGUUGAGAACGGCUCGUGUCGCGUUGGUCACUGCCUCCACUCUGGAUGGGUUUUUUAAGGUUUUCCUCAGCUCAGCUCAUAUCUAAAGUUACUUGGUAAACUUGUUUCGUUAUGUACGCGGUGCAUUUGACAAGACAGCUGUAAACGGCUCGUGUUGCGUCGGUCACUGCCGGUGUUUUUUUCUCGUCUGCUUGCUUCUAAUUUGGCUGGUGAUCUAAAGUCUGUUGGAAAACUUUGCUCGUCGCCGUGCUUUUGAGAAAACUACGGUGAACGAGGCUGACACAUUAUUUCCCUGUUAGCCAUCACUUGAUGUUUGCAUGAAUCACCAACUUUCACACAGAUCAUUAAAAAAUAAUUAAAUGAUAAAGUCUUACAGAUCACGUACACACAUACACAGUACACAUGUAGCUGAAUAAUACACAAUAAAUACAGCAACUUCUGAUCAAUUCAUGUCACAUCUGGUUUAUGCCCCGCCCACUCCGAGUACAGAUACGGAUGCAGAUCAUUUAGAUGGAUGAACAGAUACACAUAGUGGUGUACUCGCUCAUCCCUAUUCCACAGUGUUUAGUCUACAUAAAAUGGUGUUUGUUGCAUGUUUAUAGCUUCAUUUAUUGUCUUCCAAUGGUGAAAAUUCCAAAAGUCCCAUACAUAUAUUUUUUUCAUAUUCUGGAUCACAGUAUCGGGAAUUAUUCCAUUAUCUGGAUCAGUCUUUGAUAUUUUGUAGAACCUGUUGGAAACUAGUCCUGUAUUUUUUUCCCAAGUGGUCAGACCAUUUUGUGGAGUCACAGUACAUACACAAAUGCCGAAAAUGAUCCUAUCUCGCAAUGUUAAAGAAUCCUUUAAAAUAUUCCUGGAUCCAGACAGUGAUCCGGAUCACCCCCGACAUUUCAUAGGUUCUUCCAUAUCCCAUUUCUGACAAUUCUUGAAAAUUUUGAACACAAACAAACAGAUAAACGCUGGCAAAACCAUAACCUCCUUGGCGGAGGUAAUUAUAAAUAUAAAUUUAAAAAAUUAUUUAUAAAAAAAAGUUGUAAAAUUACAAGAAAAAUCACUUUUACACUGUAAUAUUGUGAGGGAAAAAAGUCCAAAUAUUGCAGGAAGAAAGUCAAAGUGCUCAUAUUACAAUAAAGAAAAAUGAACUGGAACUAAUUUGCAACAAAAAAUCUUGCUUGCAAAAACAGCUGUGAUAAUGCCCCAAUCAUGCAAGACAUUUGUUUUAUUUCUAAGAAAAAAAAUGUCUGAAAAUUACUUUUGUAACAUAAUGCAAUGGAUGGUCGUAUUAUGGGAAAAAGGUUUAUGAUAUGUGAUAUGAAUGAGAAUUAGUUUGGAAUUUCACAAGAAAAAACUGUGAUAUUACAAAAAAAAAGUCCAAAUAGUACAAUAAUAAAAGCACAAUUUUGUAAGGAAAAACUUUGAACAAUUACAAGGAAAAACAAGUGCAUCAAAAGUGGAAAUAUUAUUUAUUUUCCCCUUAAUUUUACUAUAUGAUUGUUCUUUUCAGAGUGGCUCUAAUGCUCCUUGGUACUGUAGGACAUUAUCGCGCGCGUUGCUGGAAACAAUAGCUGAUCAUUGUACACUUGUGUUGACUACUGUGGGAGGUUUAAAAAAACAAACUAAUAUUAAUAAUAAUAAUAAUAAUAAUGCAAAAUUGUACAGAGUCAUGCUUAAGAUGAAAAUAUCCUGAAGGUUACAUACAGUACGUGGUACCUUUUUUGCUAAAUGUAGAUGCACGGAAAAAAAAAUGUUUUCUUUACUAAAAAAAAUUCUGACUCGCAGAACUUUUUGUGGUACUUUGUUCAUAUAUUUUUCUUUUUUUUUUUUUUUUACUGUAAUAUUAAAAGGCACUCCCAAUCCUGAAUGCUACUUCAGCAUAUAAACGAGGACAAAGUAUUUAUAGGUCUUAGUAGAUAAAGCAAAUUCUAUGUAUUAUAAUUAACCCCUAAGAUUCCAAAGAUACUUUGACUUCUUAUUUUGGUUGCAGGGAAAAUAAAGCUCUUAAGGCAGAUGUUUUUUUUUCUUGUAUCUACGCAAGCAGUUGAUUCAAACGGUCCCUUUAAAGGUUUUGUCUUCAACCUAUUUUUCUAUUCACCACACGGGUGAAAUAAAUCAUACAGAAAUUCUA